GCAGUAGGAGCCCAACAAAGGCAGUCAGCACGUCCCAACCCCAAAAAGCCCAAAACCGCAGCUCCUCCCGCCGCCGCCGGCCGGACACGCCGAUGCCGAAGCCGGCGGCCACCGUUGCCUGGCUCCUCCCGCAGCUAUGGCACCGCCGUUUUCUUCCCCCUUCCCUCGUCCCGCGCGCCCUUUCCUUCUCCUCUCUCCUCACCACCCACAGGGCACCACGCUGCCGCUUCCCGCUCUCCCCUUCCAUGCACCUCGCCGCCGGUGCUGCAGUGUCAACCGCCGCCGCGGUCGAGGCCCCAACAACCACACCGUAUCCAGCGUAUGAUCGGCUCCUGCCGUGCCCCUUGCAAGACGACCCUCCAAGGAUCGAGCAUCUCGUCGCUCGGGAGGACGAGGUGGCAGCCGAUUUCAUCUCCAGGUCUCUCAGCCUUCCUCCUCUGUAUGUCGCAGAUCUUAUCAAGUUUGGGGCUGUGUAUUAUGCCCUUGUUGCGCCACAGCCUCCACCAUACGCAGCUCCAGAGCAUGUUAGGAUAUUUAGGGAAGUGACCGAUCCAUCAGUCCUUCGCCGGAGGGCGUCCAUUAAGGGGAAGACGGUGAGGGAAGCGCAGAAGACAUUUAGAGUGACGGAUCCCAACCAGCCCCUUGAGGCCGGCACAUAUCUGCGGGUUCAUGUGCACCCCAAACGGUUUCCGAGAUGUUAUGAAAUUGACUGGAAAUCCAGGGUAAUAGCGGUUGCUGAUGACUAUGUUGUCCUCGAUAAACCAGCUGCAACAUCAGUGGGAGGAGCAACUGAUAACAUCGAGGAAUCCUGUGCAGUGUUUACUUCACGGGCUUUAGGGUUGGAAACACCAUUAAUGACGACUCACCAAAUUGACAACUGCUCUGAAGGCUGUGUGGUAUUGUCUAAAACUAAAGAGUUCUGCUCAGUUUUCCAUGGACUGAUAAGGGAAAAACAGGUCAAAAAAGUUUAUCUCGCGCUUACUACAGCACCUGUGUCUACAGGAAUAAUUACGCAUUAUAUGCGUCCUGUUAAUCGUGCUCCUAGAUUAGUUUCAGAAGACCAUAUUGGAAAAUGGUACCUCUGUCAAAUGGAGGUACUUGAUUGUAAGAAGGUACCAUGGCCAAGCUCUUUGAUCAGGAAAGAUUACAAUGUAAAUGACUGUGGAUGGCCCCAGCAAGAAGCUGCCUAUGAAUGUAAAAUCAAUCUCUUGACAGGCAAAACUCAUCAGAUAAGGGCACAGCUCGCUGCGAUAGGCACUCCAAUUAUAGGGGAUUCUGCAUACAUGACUGCAGCAAUGGCAGCGAUGGCUAAUCCAAGCAUAAACCCAUUCGGUAGGGAAAAGCUGAGUUACAAUAGUGAAGAGGAGAAAGAAGCUGCCAUUGAAGCAUGGAUUGCUGCCCACGGCAAGGAACCAAAAUCUGUAAUUGGCCUGCAAGCAUCAGAGAUCUCAUGGGACUAUGAGGGUGAACACCACAGCUAUAAGGCAGGGGUUCCAUGGUGGCGGCAGGAUUCAGUGGAGUCUGACCUUUGGUACGCAUCCUGGUGGACAAGGUUCUGGAAGAUUGCCUCCCUACCAAAGAGAAACUGAUGUCCAAGUUACUGAUAGAAGACGAUAGCAUAUGCCUGGGAUGGUAUGGCUGGUUGUCCACCAGCAACAAAAAACCUAACACACGGAAAAUGUUCAGGGUGGGAAUGUGUUAGUUUUUCACAAAAGAUGAGACCGGCUGGUGCCGGGUCUGUUACUGUUAAGGUGCCACAUCUGUCAGACUGUCACUGUUCCCUUGUUGCGCACAUUUUUGUCGGAUUUGGCUAGGUGCUGGUUUCUGUAAUUGCUGCUGAUCUCAUGAUCUGUACUUCUUUUUUUGAGGAAAAUCAUGAUCUGUACUUUGUUCUGAGUA